GAUGAUACGGUUAUCGUAUCUGAGUUUUAUCAGAUUCUCAUUGGGAAUAAAGCUGUAAACGCAUUCAGAGUCAGGUAAUGUUUAUCAUGAAGAUCGUUGGGAUUGUUCUGUUAUUGGCGGUGGCUGUGUGUGCCAAACACGAGGAAUACAAUGGGUGGACCUCCUACGCCGUGAGCCCUUCCACCUUCGACCAGCUGAAGGUGAUCGGUCUACUGGUGGACCAGUACGAAGUGGACGUGUUCAGCUACCCGACGGUCCAGCGCGAGGGCCUGGUCCUCGUCAGGCCGGAGGUCAAUGACGCUGUCGUGAAGACUCUUGAAGACAACCAGAUCAGCUACAGUGUUCAUGUUUCUGAUAUUAAGGCAGUCCUAGACCAAGAAGAUGCCGUGAACGCGAGGAGGAAGGCCGAGGCGAGGGGCCGCAGCGGAGGCAGGAGCCUGCCCUACGACGCUUACCAAGAGUUCCCAGUGAUCGACGACUAUCUUCAAGACAUCGCGCGACGAUACCCCAACUUGGUCAAACUGGUGACCCCGGCCAAUUCCUUCGAAGGCCGUCCCAUCAGGUACCUGAAGAUUUCCACCACCAACUUCGAAGACACGAGGAAACCCGUCAUCUUCCUCGAAGGUGGAAUCCACGCUAGAGAGUGGAUCUCUCCUCCUACUGUCACUUGGGCCAUCCACAAGCUGGUCGAGAACAACACUGAGCCUGAUCUGCUGAGGGACUUCGACUGGAUCCUUCUGCCCGUUUCCAACCCUGAUGGAUACCAGUUCACGCACACUAACUCCCGUUUCUGGAGGAAGACUCGAUCAACCGUCGGCCAGAACACCGCCCGCUGCCCCGGAGUGGACGGCAACCGCAACUACGACUUCCAGUGGAACACCGUCGGCACCAGCAGCAACCCUUGCUCUGACACCUACGCCGGCACCGCCCCCUUCUCCGAGAUCGAGACCCGAGUCGUCCGCGACAUCAUCCAUGAAUACCUGCCUAGGAUGAAACUCUUCCUUACCAUGCACAGCUAUGGAAGCAUGAUUCUGUACCCUUGGGGACACGAUGGUUCCCUGUCUUCCAACGCCUUCGCUCUACACACCGUCGGCGUUGCUAUGGCUGAGGACAUUGACAAGGUGUCUCUUCCUAACUUCCCGUCUUACACUGUUGGAAACUCGGUCCUGGUGAUCGGUUAUGCCGCUGCAGGCGCCGCUGAAGACUACGCGCAUCUUGCUGGAGUGCCGCUGUCUUACACGUAUGAAUUGCCCGGAUUAAGAAGUGGCCUGAACGGCUUCAAUUUGGACCCCAUUUACAUUCAACAAGUGGCUAUUGAGACCUGGGCGGGUAUCGUCGCCGGUGCCAGAAGAAUUGCUCAAAUGUAAUUUAAUGUCUGACUGAUAGCAAUAAAUGUAAAUAAAACUUA